GUAUCUAUUUGCUCUUUCUCUGAAUUUUUUACUGUUUUACUUGUACCACAACUGAACUAGCAGAAGCCUGAGGCUAGUUGCUGGGUAUGGGCUGGCGAGUGGCGACUGACUGAAUGACGAGACGCGGCGAAGCGAGAGGCGACUGUCUGGCGGCAAAUCAAAAAAGAAAUCUCGUGAACUCGACCCUCGACAAGAAGGAAGUGCUUGUAUUCUUGUAAACAUUACGGAGGUUCAAUCAUUUUCUCAGGGCAGUACUUUUUUGAGCCGAUUUUUGUUUGUCUAAAAUAAAAAUAAGUUGUCUGGUGUGUUUGGUUGUGUGGAAAUGGGAAGAACUUGAUUUGUGAUUUCUCUGCUUAUUAGUGAUUAUGCCGAGUGAAUUAUCCAGUGGUUGUACUUCUUUUGGGGCUCCCGCAUAAGACGUGAAAAUGUACAACAUCAAACUAAACACGUCCAUUGUCGUGUUAUUUCUGGUUUUGUUGACCAACGCAUCUCGAGUUUCAGAAGAUCACAUUCUUUGUGCCUAUUUAGAGGGCACCAUCGAACACCUAACUGAAGAUGACAUAGAAGCAACAGAACAGGACGAAGCUGCAGCUUCUGAACAACCAUACAGAAAAUGCUAUAACAGUUAUUGUUAUACUUUGUGGCAAGAAGAUGGCACAAACCAUUCGGUUAUUAUGGGACAAGGUUGCUGGGCUCAAUCAGGAACACCAAACGACUGCGAUAAAACAGCUUGCCAAGCGGACAAAGCAACACCUGCUGCUAGAAACAAUACAAAAUUUUGCUGCUGCUCGGACAGUAUGUGUAACGUAAAUUUCACAGACAUCUACGUUCCCUCGGAACAGCAACAAACUACACCAGUGCCUAUUAAAAAAGAUCACAGUAUGAGUAUUAUUGUUUGGACUGUUUUAGGCGCGGUCUUUGUAUGCUUUAUGAUUAUAGUGGGUUUGUGUAUGUAUCAUUUUUGGAAGAAGGCUCCAAAGAAAAGCGAUAUUGAAACUGGACGUCCUUUGCCUCCACUUCCAGAUUAUAGUUUGGAUAAGUUGAAGCUUGUUAAUAUAAUAGGGCAAGGCAAAUAUGGUUCUGUAUGGAGAGGCGUUAUAGAUGAACAAGAAGUAGCUGUAAAAAUAUUCCCAGGCCAUUACAGAAACGUUUUCUAUAGUGAACACGAAAUCUACAAAAUUGUUGGCGAUCAUCCUUGCAUUUUAAAAUGUUUUGGAGGAGGAGAGUAUGCUCGUGUAUUAGGCCAUCCUGAAUUUGCACUACUUCUUAAUAUUGAGCAACAAAGUUUACAAGAACACCUGAAAAAUCACACUCUAGAUUUGCCUACUUUGAGUAGAAUGUGCUUGGAUAUCGCCAAAGGCUUGUCACAUUUGCAUAGUGACGUCGAAAAGCCUUGUGUUGCGCACAGAGAUUUAAAUUCCAAGAAUAUUUUAGUCAGGGGCGACUUGUCUUGUUGUAUUUGCGAUUUGGGACUGGCUAUUAUACCUAGAUGUGCUGAAAGUAAGGCUCUAAGUGAAGCCGGAACGUUGAGGUACAUGUCACCAGAAGUUUUGGAGGGUGCCGUUAAUCUUCGUGAUUGUGAAAGUGCCCUUAAACAAACAGAUGUUUAUGCUUUGGGGUUGGUAUUGUGGGAAAUCGGAGUUAGGUGUAGUGAUAUGCAGAACGCUGAGCCUAUGCCAUAUUUGCCGCCUUUUUAUAAGGAAACUGGAGAAAAUCCAACCUUGGAACAAAUGCAAAACCUGGUGAGUCGCCGAAAAGUUAGACCGUUAUGGCCAGUGUCUUGGAAAGAUUCAGCAGCUGCCAGGCUGUUAUGUGAAACUGCUGAAGAUUGCUGGGAUCAAGAUGCAGAGGCUCGCCUAACAGCCCUUUGCGUAGUAGAACGCUUUCUGGAUUUACCAAAUAUGAAAGGACGAGUUUUACAUCCCAUGCAUCCACCAGCUAGUCCCACUCCUCUGAUUAAUAAUAAUAAUUUGCAUGAUAAUCCUGUGGAUAUGUCGGGAGCUACUAUUGAGACACUUUUGUCGCCUACAGCUGAAGAAUAUUGUAAAAACUCCAAUCAAUUGGCUACAUGUAUUAUGCCUUUGCAACCACAUCAAGGAAGAAAUCCUUGCCUAGAAAGAAAUCUAUUGUCUGGUUCUAGUGAUAGCCUGCUAAUAGACAAAUCAUCAAAACAUUGCACAUCCUCUGAAUCCCAAAACCUCUUCACCAACGAAUUUUUACACUAUCAAAUCAAUAAUAGGGCCAAUCCUAUCCCAUACGUGCAAAACCCUGUCUAUGGUCUGCCUAAGCAACAAAACAUGCCACAACCUGCCCCUAUGAGUCAGAACCAGCGUAAAAAGUUCAAAUGGAGCAAUUUCAAGAAAUUGUUGCAUUCUAAAAAGCAUAUGGAUAGCAGGAGUGGUCAGAAGGAGACUCAAGUUACACUAAAAACAAAAAAUGUUAAUGGGAUAGGGGGUCAGCCAAGUGUUACAACAGCUCUUCUAGGAGACUUUGAAGUUAAACGCCCAUGUACUUUAGGUCUGUCCAUUGCGAAACCCCAAGAAUUCACUAACAAUAGUGGAGUAGCACAGAUGAUCAAGCGGCAAAAUAGUUUGUCGAGGCAGAGGUCAUUGGAACAAUUCACUGAUGUUUUUUCAUCCACCACUGACUUAUCCAGACUGAAAGACCCCUCCCAACGAGUAAAAACCCCAGGUGACGUUCCUCCCUCGGUACGAAAAACAAGAGGUAAAGCAGCCUCAAAUUCAACUGCCAGAUUCUCUUUGUACGACGAUCGUAUGAUGAGUAGGGGUUCUUGGGGAAGUGCUCCUGAUUUAGAUCCACCUUUGCUCAGUGAGACACAACUAAACGGCGAUAAUAGCGCAAGUGUGAGUAGUUUUUAAGGUUAAGUUCAUUUAUGGUAAUCCUUACAAAUGAUCAUCCGGUAUUCUAUAGGUUCCACGGAUCUUCUAAGGAUUAUAUUAUAUUCCAUGAAAUUAGGCUAAUAAUUAUUAUUAGUGGUGCAAAAAGGAUAGAUUGUUUUAAAUCUAUAUUAUAGAUAGAUAGGUAUUUGUUGAAUAAGGUACCUACUCUGGUAUUUGGUGGAUUCUUAUUAUAAAGACACACUCACAACACCAAACAAAAUACCCUUUAAUAAUAAAAAGUAUACAUUGAAGAGACACAAAAAUAAAUAAAAUAAUAGUCAAAAAAUGUCUUCUCCUUUUGUUUUUGAUCAAGAAACACAAGCACAAUAACAACUAUAAUUGGAAGCAUUGAAGCAUAAGCCAAGCCUCAAUUAUGUCUCGAGAAUUUUCAAGUGUAAUACAUUAUAUUCAAAGCUGGAUUUAUAACCUUAAGGUUGACUCACAGAACUAAAAAUUACAAAAUCAUGAAAUGCAACAUUUUCCUUCAAGAAAUCGAUCACAUUUUAUUUCAUUUGUUCCUACUCACAAUAAUUUAUAUCACACGUCCAUCUCUAGAUCCAUAAACUGUUCUAUAUUGAGCAACCUGUUCAGACAUUUCGUCAUGUAAUAGCUAUUUAUAUAACAAGUUCAUAAAGUAAGGCUUUAUUGUAAGACUAAUUUUAAAUAAUGAGUCAAUAAAGCCUGUUUAUGUAAGCGUUAUACAUAUACAUGAUUUUAUGUACGAUUGCGAAAAAUUAAAAAAAUUUAAUGGAAAAACUAAAAUUCGAGUAUACCUAUUUCCCUUUAGCAGGUAGUCCCCAGGGGUAGGCAAUAAAGUAGCACUUUUUAUUUUACUAGUAAAAUAAAGGGGCGCACUCGAACUGCGGUCAAAACCCAAACCGGUACAUUUAUGUUAAUGAGAUGGAUUUAAUCUGUUACUGAUUUGCGGUCAAAACUCUAUUUUACAGUCCACUCUGAUAAUACCUCCCUCAUUAUUAUUAGAAAAUAUUUAAAUAUUAUAGAGAUAAAUAUUUUACUAUUUUCGUUCAUCACUAACUGGCAUCCUAGUAAGACGAUUUGGAGGAAAGAAUAUUAAGUGAAAAUGGGCAUCCGCUCGUGAUUUCUAAAAAUGAUAAGUUAAGUAAAUACCACGUGUUAAAAACGACAGAAGAGGAAGUGCGGUGUUGCACAAAUAGAAAUUGUAAUGCAAAAAUUUAUAUUUUAAAUUCCUCUUUUUCGCCAAAAAGUUGGAUGCAUAAUCAUAAAUGGAAGAAUUCGCAAAAAAAUUAGUAACUUCCUAAAGAACUAUGCAGUGAGAAACCACUAAAGCUGAUAUGGAGAGAACUGGAGGCCCAAAGUUCUGGCAUUGAUGUUAUUUCCAUGAAAGAUUUCCGAUAUAUCCGCAACAAUCUAA